UCUACAACAUGGUAGAGUGGGCAGUUUGAUCCUGAGGCUCCUGGGUGAUUGGAACAGAUUCUACAGCUCUGGUUCUUUGUUAACCAUCCAUCUGAUAAGCUGAUGGGGAAUUGGGAGGGCAUCGCCACAGCGAUGAUGAGGCAGAUUCCGAUGUCUUGUUUUCUCCUCGGAUCUCCUCUCCGUCUGCACCUGUAUGUCUCUCUUAACGCGUCUAUUUAUUCUCUCUCAUUUGUAGAGUCAUUAGAAGGCAAAGCCUCCUAUUAUCCUACUUAAUGUGGAUGAUGUCCAUGUCAUGGCGAAGCGAUUUGGACGCGGCUUUGUAGCAGCUCACAGUAUAUUCAACGAGUCAUCGACUCUGACACCCACACAAAUUGUUAGCUGAAGUUACCGAGGGAUACCUUCAUGCAAGGGGUUCACCAUGCAAGGGGUUCACCAUGCAAGGGGUUCACCAUGGAAGGGGUUCACCAUGCAAGGGGGUCACCGGACAUAGAUGCCUGCGUUCACGUCCUCCGCGUGCCCAGUGGCCUCCUCUGAACAGGCCCAGCUGUGGUACUCAGAGAAUCUGAGGUGAGCUUCCCAAAAUGUGCAUGGCUGAAGGAGGGUACUUGUGCAAUUGACACUGUCAUCUCUACCUAUUGUGUGGCGUUGAUGUACUCCAUGUGCCUGGAGGAGGACACUUGGUCAGCAUAGCAUGAAGAUACUGUCAGCAGGAUGGAGAUCCCGAGCACGCCAGUAGUGACGGCGUUAAUGUACUUCCUGUGCCUGACGACAAUCGAAGAUUAUGAAAUCUUUAGAGUCUUUGGACGGGAGAUAUGAUCCGAGAGGGUGGGAAAAGGGACCAGUGGUUGAAUGUGGACCCCAGCUUCUCGAAAAGCGCAUUGCAAUAGGAGCGGACUUUGCGAUGGUUGUUGUCAUCAUCAUUAUGUAUUCUGCAGUUGUGGUGGUCACUUCUGUAUUACUCUGCAUUUGUGGUUAUCGCGCAUUAAGGUACUGUUGCGAGGGUAAGGAGAUGCUGGAGGUGCCAGUGAGAAAGUGUAUCAUGUCUCCUCCUCCGCUUGAUCGUCCGGACAAGCGUUGGAUUGUUUGUCGUGAAGAGCAAGUUGGACCAUGGAAAAAGGAGGUAGUUCUGUACGGGGUGCUGCCAUCAUCACGUGUUCUGCAGUUGUGGACGUAGGGCGAAGGGUACUGCCGAAGCAGUGACGACAUCAUGUACAACUUUUCCUGUGCUUGAUUGUUUCGUACAAGGAUCUAAUUGUCGGAUAGUGCAUGGGAAAAACGCAGGGAAUUCCGAACUGGGCGGUUGUCGUUAUCCUGCAUUCUGCAGUUGUUGACGUAGGGUGCGGUACUGCGGACAGGUGGACAUUCUGGGUGUAGCAGUAGGGUGCAGGUACUGCCGACAGGUGGACGUUCUGGGUGUAGCAGUGAUGCCAUCAUGAAAUCUAUGUUCUGCGCUUGAUUUUCUGGACAAGCAUUCUGCAGUUGUAGACGUAGGGUGCAGGUACUGCCAACAGGUGGACAUUCCGGGUGUAGCAGUAGGGUGGGCAGGUACUGCUGACAGGUGGACGUUCUGGGUGUAGCAGUGAUGCCAUCAUGAAAUCUAUGUUCUGCGCUUGAUUUUGUGGACAAGCAUUCUGCAGUCGUGGACGUAGGGUGCAGGAACUGCCGACAGGUGGACGUUCUGGGUGUAGCAUUUUUUUUCUGGACAAGCAAUGUCAAGCAUCUAAUUGUUGGACUUGAAGAGCCGGUUGCCCACCAGGGGCAUGUUGAGGUGUUGCUAGCAGUGGCAAUAGAUAGAUCAGACGCAAGGCGUGAGUGCUGAAUGAUCCUCAUCGUUGUGGAUUGUGAAGUUGUGGGCAUGGGAUGGAAGCUGGAUGGAGAUUGCAAGUGCGCUCUGUGAUUGAUUGUAUCACCUGAACAAGCCUGAUUUUUGUCGUAUUCAUGAGCCAGCUUUUAACAAUUGCAUGACAAAGAGGACAGGAAUGUUUCGCAACAGACGUCGUUGCCGUACAGAGCACCUGCGGGUGGGCAUCGGUUUAGAAUGAGGGAUUGCACUGGGGAUACCAUUAGCAGGGUGACCUUAGACGUCAGUCAUGACUGGGAGGCGGCAUGCAGGGCAUGAUGUCCUCCAGGAAGGCCUCCCUGGAAGACAUCAUGCAGGCUGGAUGCUGAGUUCCCAGAAGAUGCCCAUUUUGUCCACGCAGCGAAGCAUGAAGGCGUGCGGUUGAUGGCAUCAGUGAUUGCUGGACAUAACCAUGGAGGGGCGGUCCUGCUAACCGCACAAGUCUGCAUCAUGGUUUAUCUCCUCCCCGAUGUUUCCCCGAUGACGCCGGUUGAGAGUAGCUAUCGCUGGCAAGGCAAUGCAGCAUACCUUUGCCAAGCAGGUGGCCCCAUUGUCACAUCAGCACCCUUUGGUAUCGUCUUCCCGCAAAUAGAACGUAUGGCGGUCAUAGCUGUAUUUGCCCCCAACUCUCAUCCAGAUGCAGUGAAAAUGACCGUGUGGUCUAUUCAGGUGAAGAAGGUAAUCUCAAAACUCUCAUGUGCACUAAUUGUAUUCUUCAGCAGCUGGUCCUUUGUCUGACUUGGACUGGCUUGAGCGUGCACUGACUACCUGACAUGUGUCCUCCUCGUAACACCCCCCAGUUGUUGACAGUGACAGAAGGCUCUCUCACCAGAUAGGACGUGAGAACGUAGGGCUACUAUUGGAGGAAAGAAAUGGCUAAGGGAUGCUGAGCAGCUGCAGAACAAUUGGGAGAGUGGGGCCUCUAGCCGCAACUGUUCAGGAGUGCAUGCCGUGCGUGCAUGCAGCGUAGAGAGGUAAGCUUUAUUGCUGUCAUGUAGAGGGGUUUUCUCUUGCUGCCACAUGUGUCAUUCCCCCUUGAACUAUCACUGGCAUUCUAUGCCAACAAGGGGGGAGGCUGAGCAGCUGCAGAACAAUUGGGAGAGUGGGACCUCUAGCUGCAACUGUUAAGGAGUGGAUAUCGUGCGCGCAUGCAGCGUAGAGAGAUAGGGUAUAUUGCUGUCAUGUAGAGGGGUUUUCUGUUGCUGCCACAUGUGUCAUUCCCCUUUGAACUAUCACUGGCAUUCUAUGCCAAAAUUUAG